CAGCUGUUUUGCUUAUUUUAGUGACAGACAAGUUCACGGAGAGCAUGUACAUCCUAGCCAACGAGCCAUCUGUGGCGCUGUACCGACUGCAGGAGCAUGUCCGGCGCUCCCUUCCGGAGCUAGCACAGCACAAGGCUGACAUGCAGAGCUGGGAGGAGCAAAGUCAAGGAGCCAUCUAUACGGUGGAGUACGCCUGCAGCGCCAUAAAGAACAUGAUGGACAGCAGCGUGUAUUUCGAGAGCAUCGACAGGCUGCUCAGGCAUGUCAUCGCCAUGAAGGAUCAAAUGAAUUCCGCUCAGGGCCGCAGAUAGCUCAGGAGUCUGACACUCUGAAUUCUGAUAACCGCCCUGCCUAUUUAUAGGAACGCCUCCUCUGACUGCUGGAAGCAUCGCUGACUGUAAAGCAGCAAGCUACGGACGAGCCGAGCAGUUACACCCGUACCGUGACUUACAAAGAUAAGCGCCUUGCCUGGCGUCAUGAAACUGUGGCUCCUUUUCCUUUGGGGAGAAAACCCUCUUGUGUACAAUGUUUCCUGCAACGCAACUUAUUUCUCUGCCCUUAAAAAAAGGGAGAGAUCUCUUUGGCUAACGUGUCGCAUUGUGGGGCAGGGUUCAAUACGCCUGUAGCCUGGCUCAGACCAUGGUAAUAAAUUAAUGUUGUCAUGCUGAGGAAAUGAGUGUAUGAGGAAGCAGGGACGCUGCGUGGA